AUCAUUCAAUUCUCAACAUUCAGACGCAGUUGGUUCUAACGACCUUUCUCUCGAUUAUCAUUAUUCCAAUUUCUCAGAAAUGGCCAUGGCCAUGGGAGACGACGACCACAAGAAGAAGAAGCUCCACGCCAUAAUGAUCUCAGUGCCAUAUCAGGGCCACAUCAACCCCUUCGUCAACCUCGCCCUCCUCCUCGCCUCCAAGGGCAUUCUCGUCACUUUCGUCCAUUUCGAGGCUGUCCACCACCGCCUCUCCAGUUUCCACAACCUCCCCCCCGCCGGCUUCAAUCUCUUCGCCGGCUCCGGCCUCGACAUUCGCUACACCACCAUCUCCGACGGCCUCCACCCCCUCGACUACGACAGAGACAUCCACUUCGAAGACUACUGGAAAAUCAUCAUGCUCCAAUUCCAGCCCCGCGUCGACGACUUCGUCGGAACCCUAAUCCGAUCCAACCCCGAUUUCGCCCAUUUCCUCGUCGCCGACACCGUUUUCUCCUGGCCGGCGGCCACCGCCGCCAAGUACGGCCUCGUCAACGUCUCCUUCUGGACACAGCCCGCCUUGAUUUUCACCGUCGCUUAUCACUUGGACCUCAUGAAACAACACCAUCAUUAUCCUUACACAGACGACGGCGAUGAGGAAAUAAACUACAUUCCAGGAGUGAAGUCGAUCAACAGCAAAGAUCUGAUGUCAUUCGUGAAGGAACCAAUGGAGACAAGAAUCAUUAACAGGUCUACUUACGAGGUAUUCAGGGAGGUGAAGAAAGCAGACUUCGUCCUGCACAACACAGUGCAAGAAUUAGAAUCCCACACGCUAUCCGCACUGUCCGAAUACCAUCCCACCUACGCAAUCGGCCCAGUUAAUUUCGCCAAGAAUCUCCCCCCCAUCGCCAUGGCCAGAAGCUUAUGGUCGGAGACAGACUGCACAUCCUGGCUCGACUCGAAACCCCCUGGAUCAGUACUCUACGUUUCCUUCGGGAGCUUCGUCCACACCAACAAGGAGCUGCUCAAAGAAUUGGCCAACGGGCUUCUUCUCAGCGGAGUGAAUUUCCUUUGGGUUAUUCGAGAGGGCAUUCUUGGCUCCGGCGGCGGCGCCGCCGUGCCGGAGGGGUACGAGGAAGCUGUCGGGAGCAGGGCUAUGAUAAUUCCGUGGUGUAAUCAGGUGAAGGUUCUUUCGAAUCCGAGCAUUGGAGGGUUCUUGUCGCACUGUGGGUGGAAUUCGACCGUUGAGAGCAUUUGGUGUGGGGUGCCUAUGAUCUGCUACCCUAUGCUGUACGAUCAGCCCACCAAUCGGAAGCUGAUCGUGGAUGAUUGGACGGUCGGGAUUAAUCUAUGCGACGGUGAUCGUGUGGACAGGAUCGAAGUUGCUGACAAGAUCAAGAAAUUUAUGAGUGGUGACACUGCACUGAGGCUGCGGAAUCAGGCCCAAACAAUGAAGAAGAUACUGAAGAAUGCUGUCGAAAUUGAUGGCUCUUCCACCACAAAUCUUGAUCGAUUUAUCCAUGAUCUCAAGGCAAAAAUGUAUGGCCACCCAGUCAAUACAAGUUAAUAAAUAUUUUAAAUUUACCUUUCCA